UUCCCAGUAGGCCCAUUCUAGGAAGAGCUCCGCAUCGCUGCGACUUGCUUAACCCCAUCCUGGGUUUCUUUUCUUGUUGUCUUUGUUCCUGUUGGCAGUAGAGCAUACCAAGUUUCACAGCGAAAUGGGUUUAUGAUUUGUUGAUUUUCAGCCCUUGUUUAAUCUUUAUACUAAAAUUUUUAAACUCAGCAUGCCACGGCGGGAGCUUUCCAGCACUUUAAAGAACUUGAAGUUUAUGCAAAGGACGGUUCAUAGGGAUGAAAAGAUUAACAAAGAAGAGGAAGCCAAGCCUGAUGGGAACUUCAUAUUUCCUGGAGAAGUUGAAAGAAAAUGUGUGGUUAUAAUGGAGGGUGAUCCCCAUCCAGGAGCUAUUGUAGGCCGGAUGUCAUUUCAAAGUUUCAAUCCUUCAAUUGAUAAACUGAAUGAAGCAACAAACAAUCUUUUCCAAACAGAAGCAUCUGCCUCAUGUUCUGGCAAUCAAACUGUAAGAAAUUCUGAAAGAGAAAAUGGGUCUUCACAAGAUGGAGCUGGGUGUUUGAAAGUUAGACCACCUGGCGAGGGUAAUAUAGACCUUAAAAGAAAACAGUCUGAAAAACAAUAUUCAAAUAAAUCACUAAAAAUUGUUGAAGCUGGGAGUAAAUCAUCACGAAGUAACCACAAAGGCUCCCACAACCAACCAAGGCGCGACAAGGUUGAUUGGAGUGUUCUUAGACCACCAAAGUUCCCAAGCAAUAAGAGCGAGCUCAAGCAAUAGAUUUUUGUCAUUUUUUUUCCCUGUUUUGUAUAUUUCAGGUCCUAGUAUUUCAGGUAAGCUUGUUGUGAUCUUCUGAAUUUCCAAUUUUGUUCAUUAGCCAUUUAUUUAUAUUGCCUAACAUUGAGAUUUAGAGUCUCUCAUGUCCGACAUUAAGUUCCUCUUGUAUUCAGAACCAUUAGAAUCUGCAUUUGAUCAGCAUAAACACUUUUGUACCUGUUACACCA